UGGCAAGUAUGAUUGUGUGCGUGUGAUCUUCUUGUAGCGAACGACGAUGGCAUCAUUUCCAGCUGUCAUUUAUUUGGCUUUGGUGUUUGACGAAAGAACAAAAUAAAUUUUGUGCUCUAUUGUUUUGUGAAAAUUUGUUGGAUUUUUUCAGUAAAAUGGCUACACAACCAAUGAAGAGGAGCAGAAAAGUUAUUUCUCGACGGAACAAAAAGCUUGCAGCUAUGUCGACGGAGUAUGAUCGGCAGAAUAUGUUGGGUGAUGAUGAUGCGGGAACAAGCGGAGUGGUGCACCGUAAUAUCGGUUUAACAUCCCAGUACGAUGAUCCAGAAUACGAUGCAGAAGUGCUUAUGGGAACAUCGUCUCACAACAGCGAUACCGAUUACAUCAGUGAUCGUUCUUCUGAAAGCGAAACCGACGCCGUGGCUGAAGGGUCCACAACUGCUCACAACUGCAACAACCAUAGCGAUAUUGGUGAAUGUUUGCGAACUUGGGCAGUUGUACGUAAUCAGCCACGCUCGUCGGUAAAUGAAAUUUUAGCUAUUUUGGGAAUAUGGACAGAUUUACUUCUUCCGAAGGAUUCUCGCACGCUAUUGAAAACGCCAAAAACCAUCGGGGAAGAGAUACAAUCGAUAGCGGGCGGCGAAUUUUGGUACAAAGGGAUAGAAAAUAAUCUCGUCAAUUAUUUUAAGUCAACUGUUCCAUCAAUCGACGAAUUGUCGAUACAGGUAUCCACCGACGGACUCCCUCUUCAUAGAGGUGGACCUACACAGCUCUGGCCCAUCCUUAUGAAGAUUGUAGAACUGCCCUCAGCCCCAAUUAUGAUGAUCGCAGUGUUUUGUGGACCAGCAAAACCAACCAGUCUGGAAGUAUUUUUAAGACAGUUUGUAGAGGAGGCAAAUGACAUUCAUCGAAGGGGAUUGCGGAUCGGAGAUAAAAUGAUAAAAUUCUCGAUCCAAGCUAUUAUUGCAGAUUCUCCUGCGCGGGCUUUCCUUAAAGCAACAACCUACUUCAAUGGAUAUCACGGUUGUAUGAGGUGUUGGGGAAUACUAUAA